AGUCUUGCUGCUCAAGUGCUUGAUGACACCCGCGUAUUUUUUAAUGGUCGGAAGGAGGCAAAACGGAUAGCGUGAUAGCUAUCCGGAGAGAUACUCGAAUACUGCCGUCUAAAGUGAAUAUAAGAGGCAACGCGCGUCUUCCUAUUACUAUGCAUUCUUGUGCCGUCGUUUUUGUCUUCUACAUUAUAUCAGGCAUUUUGGCAAAUGCAGUGGUUGGACAAAACGCAACAGCCCCGCCUGCUCCCGCAGCACCUGCAGCACCUGCAGCACCAGUAGAAGCUUCUGCAGCAACUCAACCAACAGCUGCAAUGGGAAUGCCCCAACUUGGAAAUGAAAUACCUGAAGAUGCGCCAGUGAAGCAAAAAGGAGGCGUCGCACCAGGAGAACCUACAUCAAGAAAUGAAAUACCAACGUCCCCAGCUGCUGACUGGGUGUCCAAGCAGUGCCAAUUCCUGGGGCACGAAUGUGUUAAGUUGGAGUUUUGUAAGCCAAAAUAUCGGCUCCGACUCCGUGGCUGCGGAGACGGUAAUGUGUGCUGCAACGUCCGUAAAACUAGAUCAUGCAUCAAAAUCGGAGGAGAAUGCCGAAAAAAAUGCCGUGGAUAUGAAGUUCCGAAUCGUUACGUCAAAUGCAGAAAUCUACGGAAGAAGUGCUGCGUGGCCGUCGACUAUCAGAGGCCUUCGACAAAGCUGGGAACCUAACAAUACUGCUUAUCAUUUUCUUGAAACGAAACUGCUUUUUGAACUGGAUAUACUACGUUAAACGAAUAAAAAAACUGGGAAACAUAA